AUGGAGACGAAUGUCUCCGGUCGCAGCUCCGCGCCUGGGCGGAUGGAAUCCAAAGAAAACGUGUGCGAAUUCAAGGGAAUCGAUCUGAGCAGCGGCCGAGUCAGCAACUUCACCGUAGAUACACCGGACUACACCGUUCGAUUCGCCACCAAGCAAGCUGAGCUGAUCGUUCUCCCGCGAUUUGAAUGCCCGAGAAACAUCUCUCCGCAGCUGCUCCCGAGUGUGUUUGUAAACGGGAAUCCGGUCGAUCCUCGGGGAGCUCUCGGGGUAGCGCUUCCCGUUCCACUUGCCAAAAGAUUUGACGUCAAGCUCGAGGUGCGGAAUCCUAGCUCUGCACCGUCUCUGAAAGUGUACACGCUUCACGUGGAUCAGAGAGAAGCGGUUUCGGAGCCGACACUUGAAGCCUUCUCCGUUCAAGACAGCAGAGGGAAGGACCUCUCGCUCAUCCCCCUCUUCAGACACUCCAGCGACGCCUUUGUCCUCGCUUCGGGCGUCCGUGACCCGUACAUUUCGCUGCAUGCUCAAUGUGAUCAUGCGAGCGUCCUCUACAUCGAUGGGGCUCCCCAUGUCCCCAGUUCCUCUGUCAAGAUUCCUCGCGAGGAGCGGCAACCCAGUUCGCUCACGACGAUUCAGUGUCGCCGGACUGGAGAAGGGGAAGAAUCUCAGCGCAUGUAUUUCCUCGAGACCCAGUGGACAAGCCCGAUCGUCAGCCCACCGACCAAAUUGCUUGUCUACAGCACCGGCCGCGCAUGCAAGGUGCUUGCGGAUGACGAGGAUCGCGUUGUUUGCGAGAACUCUGGGAGACUCGCGUCGCUCUUUGCGCUUCACUCCCCGUCGACUUGGUACAAAGUUUCGAGCGCCGAGGAUGCCUCCUUUGCUGUGCCUCUCGUGAAUGGUGGCUGGACGCCUCGCUUUCCUCUGCGAUCAGAUCUGCAGAUCGUCGCGCGAGCUGGGACUGAAGAAAAAAUGUGGAGACUCGACUUCGCUCAAGUGCCUGGCUCCAGCAGCGACUCGAAUUGGCUGAGCAGCCUUCAGGCGUUGAGCGUUUUCUUCUUCUUGCCGGCGCUUCUCGGCAUCUCUGCAGUUCUCUUUCUUGCGCUUUUGACGGGGCAAGGCGGCGCGCGCAACUUCUCCGAAGUGCCUGUAACGGCUCUCCUUUUUUUUCAAGCCUCGUUCCUCCUCUACCUCCUUCAGAAGGUCCCCGAUGCCCUGCAGACGAACGCCUCGAUGCUUGGAUGGACAGCUCUCUUUCUGCCUCUGCCCUCAACAGCAGAAACAAAUGUCGAACUCGCAGCGGGCUGCUUGACCGUCUCGGCGGUUCUCCUCGCCAUGGUCUCUGGACUACAAGUGCUGUUCAGACUCGUUCUGUUUGACAGAAAGUCGCAGGAGGUCCUCCCCCACAACAUGCAACUUGGAAAUGCGGAGCUUCGGUUGCUCCACGCUCUCGGCUUGCCCCUAGCUGCUUCGGCAGCGAUGCUGAUAGCUGACGCAGACACCUCGGGGCGUCUGCAGGCGGUGGGGGUUGCCGUCGUCGGCUUCUUCGUUCUUCUUCAUCUCGGCCUUUUCCUGUUUGUUCGCCGGCUGGUCUCCGACGGUCGGGUCGCUUGGCUUUGGAACUUCCCCGCGAAUGCGCCAGACGCCACUGGUGGGAGGUGGUGCGACACCACCGUCGACCAGCUCAUGUCAGAGCCGGUGCCGUGGACAACUUGGCUUGGGGCGCCUACGGCGCUCUGGGUGUCUCCUGCAGCGCAGAUUUCACCCCUCACCCUCGGCGACCCUGCGUCGCUACCUGGUUCCCGAGGCGGCAAAGAAGCGCUUGUCGGCUCCUCAGCGGUAGCCGUGACCCCGCGGCUUCCUAAGCAGGGCCUCACGCUGCUUCCUUGUCUCCGCGACUUGCCCGUCGGCAUUCUUCGCUCGCGGUGGCUUGAUGUGUUUUUCUCUCUGGACGCUCUCACGAAAAUGCUCCAGAGACAGAAGGAAAAGACUUCCUCGACUGCCGACCUCUCAGACCCCGCCUUCUUCCCCCUCACGGUCCAGCGACACCAACUCACAGGUCCCCUCACAUCGGGGCGCCUAGCGCUCUUUUUUGAACUUCGAACGCCCUGUGCUCGCAUCGGCGACAGCGCAUUCCGGUCUCUCUUGGGUCUGCUUCUCGGCUUCUCUCUGUCCCUGCAAGGCUCGAUUGUCGCCCCUAUCUUGCUCCUCGUUGCCUCCAUUCUCUGUUUCUCAUGGAUGGUCUAUCUCCGCUGGGACAAGCCCUUUCACCGCAGAGACGAAAAUACAGUUUUUCCUGUCCCCUUCGGUCUCCUCGGACUCGCCGCCCUCACCUGCGCCGGCUCUGAAGCGCUGCGAGUCCCCGUGCUCUCCACUCUCAUCGAGCAUCUCUCCGUCUACAUGCUCCUCGCUCUGGCUCUGUACACCGCAUUCACUGCCGUCUGUCUCGUCUUGGGCGCCGUCUGGCCUGCGAUUCAGGAAAUCAGGUUGCUGCCGCGUCAGUGCAAUUGUGCUCUGUUUUUGACUGAUCGCCGGCGCGAUUUCUGCGUCGUCUGCCCGGCGUACACUCGCUUUCCUGUCCGACAAGUAUCGCUCCACUGCUCGCCGGGACCUGGAGCCUUUCCCCAAGUGCGGCGGGUACCUGCGCAUGCGGACGCUUACGCCCAACUUGAGUUUUCUGUCGACGAUUUCCGCGCUCUCUGUGCCGGCAAAGACUUCGAAAAGCCAGGCGCAUGCAUAUUCAUAGACAGCGCCCAGUCGCCUCUCCGCUUCAGGUCUCUCACACUCUAUGCAGGAGGCGACCUCCGUCAAGCUGUCGACAGCCUCCUUGAGGAGGAGCCCGCAGUUCGAUCGGCCUUUCCCGAUCUACGAAAUUCUUUGCUGGACGAACUGGAGCGAUCCCAGGCAGGCGGCAGUGUGCGGUCAAUCGUCGUGCGCCUUCUGAGUCAGCCGGUGGGGCUUUUUUCAGCCAUGCCGAGACACCUGAGAGCUCCAGAAGCGGCGGCGUUUGCAGAGCGCGAGGCGAGCAUGGAGUUUUCACGUGACGUUUUUCCAGAAAAGACUUCCUCCGACUUCGGCACCGAUCGCUCAGCGGUGGCUGAACUCAGUCCUUUGAGCAGUCGGUCUUGGCGGGACAAGUGCUAAGGGUCGAACGACUAAACACGCCGCUCGCUCCUGCCAGAGGAACCACGGCUCUCUGGAGGAAUGGAGCCUCAGCGGCAACACCGGGAGGGGGAACGCGCGGGCGGUAACGGAGCGGUCAGUGGGGAGAGAAGUGGAACACACAACGUGAAAAAAACUAAAUGGCGAUCCAAAGUAAGAGGAACCAAUUGUGAAAUGACACGUGCAUCAAUAUAUAUAUAUAUAUAUAUAUAUUCAUAUGUGUGUGUGUCUUUUGAGAUGAGUAUGUUGGAGAUAGACAGGAGUGUUGGAGUGUGGGAAUGCAAGCAGUUCGCAACACGAGGCAAAGCCUCGGUUUUGUGAGUUUUCUGAAGGUCAGAGGGUCCACAGAUAGCUCAUAUGGAUUCCUCGAUUCGGAACACGUGCGACUGCAAUAGGAGGUGUCUGUACACAGUCCGGGGAAAGGUCUGAACAGAGGGGAAAGAAGCGCGGCGUUCAUAUGUUUCAUACUGCAGUGGAACGCCUCUAAGGACGAUGUGAAUGCGGGACGAUAAUACACGAGACUGGAUAAUACUUGUCUCACAACACAACGGCGACGCAAAGUGAGAAAGAGGCACAAGCGUUUUCGAUGGGUCCCUCAGCUAGCUACAAAACUUUUUUAUGGGUUGCCGUACGCAGUUAGGUGCAUGCGAAUAUUUGACACGUUCGUCCGAUGUCAUUUGCUUUC